ACGGAUUGGAGAGAGAUGCGAGGUACGGGUUUGGACUGAGUGAGAGAGGGAUUUAGCUAGGUCCACCUAUGGGAUUUUCUCCGAUUUUAGAGAGAGAGAGAGAGAGGAGAAAAAAGCAUGGAUGUGGGCAUUUUUUGGGGUUAAUUAAUGGGUUAUCUCUCUCGCCAUUCUCAUCCUUUUUCCACCUACCUCAACCUGCUGUAGUUAACGAGACACGAGAGUCUCAGAGCAGUUGAACCCGUCCAGCUCCACCUCGAACCGCGGCGGCGUCCUCCAGCUCUGCUUCUUUACACGAGCAUGAGGCGAGGACUCCAUAUUUCGCUCUUGCUUUGCUGUACUGGUCGUGCUACUUGAUGGAACUGCGGCAGUGCUCUUCAGCUGCUGUGUUCUUCAAUCAUGAUAUGUUGCUUUUAAUUUUUGGGGCAAAGCUUAAAGGAGAUUGUGAAAAAAUUGCAAUGAGGUCCUCCCCAACGAAGCCGUCAAUGGCCUCCUCGCCCAAGCAAAGCACAAAUCUUUGUGUUCUUCACUUCAGCCAGUUCCGUAGUACAGGUCAAACUCUUCCAGCAAGAAGAUUUAAGCUUUGAAUUGGAUUGAGGCAAUUCUACGAGGUUAUUCUAAGCAGAGAGUACUCAAGGAGGGCAUGUUUGAGGACCUGAGCUUGGCCAAAAAGCAGCUCCGGUUUGUUUUGAGAUUUUUAAUGGUGUGCUUGCUCUUGAAUUGGCGAGAGAUGGUCCGGCAGCUGCUCAAUCAGCUCAAAGUCUUGGUUGAUGAGUGCAAGAGGACCUUCCAGCCAUGAGUAAUGAAAACGGAAACAGUUAUUGGGAAAAAUAAUUGCCACCAAAUUUUGACAGAAGUGGGACUGAGAAAUUUAUUCGUGCCAAAUAUGAGGGAAAACUAUGGGUUGCGAAGAAUGCAAAGCAACUAGUUCUUCUCUUAAUUCUGAUUUGUGAAGUAGCCUGUGCUUUUCCUCAAACUGACAUUGUCUUGCUUGAUGAAUGGUGGUAUCGUUGGACCAUGAGGUGGCGGUGAUCAUCUCUCAGAAAGCUCUUGAUGUUCCGCAAUCCACCGCCAUGGAUUACGUUGCGGGUUAUGCACUUGCUUUGGAUGUGGCUGCCAGAGAAAUUCAAGCUUCUGCUAAGAUAAAAUCUGCAGAGAUUAGAAAGACAAAAAGGGCAAAGGAAAGCUAUGGUGACUCUCGAAAGAUGGUUCAAGUCUCAGUUAGAGGCCAUACCGAUUAAAGAUACUAUGGUGUUGUCAAAGAUAACCCAGAUGUAUAAAGUUGGAUAUUUCAAGGGGAGAAUCAGACUAUUGAGUGGGCUAUACGACUACCAGUUGCUCUGAACAUUGCCAAAGCAUUAGAUCACUGCAGCAGCGAAGGCCACCCAUUGUACUAUGACUUAAGUGCAUAUAUGGUUCUCUUGGAUGAGAGUUGGCUUCAUUUCAGUCCAGUAACUCUCUAAAUAUGUCCAACAACUCACUAAAUAGGUAAACUCUCUAAAUAGGUCCCAUAGCUCACUAAAUAGGUAAGUCGAGAAGAAUUCAGCGUUGCACUCCUUUUUUGGUAUGCUGUUUAAAUCUGUCUGUCAUUUUAUUCGUUCUUCAUGUUUAACUUUGUUCUGCAGGCUUCCUAUGGCUAACUUAAGCAUUUAAGUUAUUCAUUUUUUAAAGAUGUUAGCUAUUUUGGAACAGUUGAAAGUUAAUGCAUGACUCGAGGAUGACUUUUAGCUUAUCCCACUUAUCUUUUACACUCUCGCUUCAUUCAUGUGCUGAGUCAUGGUUUAGCUGUCUAAAUUCAAGAACAAAAAAUGGCCAGCAGGCUAAAAAGCGAUUAGAUUUUGAGAUGCAUAUUUUGGUUUCUCAUUAUUUCUUUGUUUUGUAUUUUUCAUUUAUUAAUGUUCUUUUGGCAGCUUAUUUGAUUGUAUUUGUGGUUUUCCGGGGACGAACAGAUUCCAAACUCUCCAAAGCUGCCUUCUUUAUAGAUCAUCAGAGCAGUGCUAAAGUUCUGAGAAGUUAUAUUUAGAAACAAUUAUUGAGUUUUACCAAUAAUUUUGCUCUUUUUUUUUCUUAAUUUUCUUAUGAAAUUUAGGUUUUUGAGUAAUGGGUUAGGAAUUAAUUCUUAAUCAAUAAUAGGUAUUGAAGUUGAGUUGCAAAUAAUGUUGAAAGUAUUAGAGAUCCUCAAUUGGUAUUUUUCCCUUUCAAGAUGCUUAUUUCUGCAUAUUUCUCCAUCUGUUACCGAUGAGUGGAUGCCUAUGAUUAAGUGAAAGUGAAAUCUAAGAGGUUUUUGUUGUUGUUAUUGUUGGGAAUUUGCCUAUUGUUGUUAUUGUUGUUAUUGUUGUGCAUUGGAAAGUGUUUCUGUUUUAUGGGGCCACAACUUACAGACAACACACUAAUCAUGUCAUGUGUUGUGACUCUUUUUAUUUCAAUCAGUUUAACUACCCUUUUAACCCUUGAAUAAGCCAUGCUCAGUUGAAUGUAUAUAAAAGCCAAGCUGCUUAUGUUAUCGACCUCAUUCACUCAUUUGUACCUCUGUUCAUUCAUGAUUUUGUUGAAUUUAUUCAAGUUAAAUGUGUCUUAUUCAUGCUUUUACGUCUGAAACAGUUGGUUUCUGCCGCAAUGCGCGGGCUUAUUAUCUAGUGGACUCUAAAAGGCCAUGUGAUGUGGGAGAUCACCAGCUAGCUGUGUCUAAUUUGUGUGGGACUAUCCUUUCCGUCCAAAACGGCACCGUCAAACAACCCAAAACAGAGACAUGUGAUAAUCCAUUUUUCCAGUAACUGAAUCUGAUUCAACGGUUGAAACCGAGUUAUUGAGGACUUUACUGUUCGGAGUACUCGAUUUAUAGCAACUGGUUUUUUUACGAUGGCAUUGAGCACCCAAAGAGCCUCUGCAUCUUUUGUUUCGAAUGAAUCAGCUCCUCGAUGGAAGUAUGAUGUGUUUUUGAGUUUUAGGGGUGUAGACACCCGCAAGGGUUUUGUAUCUCAUUUAUACCAUGAAUUGUGCAAGUGCCAAGGAAUUACAACUUUCUUUGACGAUCGAGAGCUUGAAGGAGGAACAAGUAUUCAUCUUGAGCUCCCGAGUGCAAUCAAGGAAUCACAUAUUGCAAUCGUUGUUCUCUCACCAAACUACGCUUCUUCCAAAUGGUGCUUGAAUGAACUUACAACCAUUCUUCAAUGCAUGGAAGCCAGGAACACAGUUCUGCCAGUCUUUUACGAGACAGAUCCAUCUGACGUUGGAAAUCAGAGGGGGACUUUUGCCAAAGCCUUCGAUGAGCAUGAAAAAAAGUUCAUUAGUACCCAAGACAAGAUGAAGGUGACCCAGUGGAGAGAAGCUCUGAAAAAAGUAUCCAAAAUUUCUGGGUGGCAUUCGAAGGAAUCUAAGUGUGAAAGGGAGCUUGUUAAAAAAAUCGUCCAAAGCGUGUGGAGGAAAGUGCAAGCUACAUUCACAUUGUUAGAUUCUUCACAGAAAUUUGUUGGGGUUAAUUUUAGGCUUGAGCAACUAAGUUCGCUAUUAGCUCAUGAUGCGAAUGAUGUUCGCUUUAUAGGGAUAACGGGGAUGGGUGGCAUAGGUAAGACAACCCUUGCUAAGCUAGUUUAUGAUAGAAUCUUCCAUCAUUUUGAAGUUCAUUCCUUCCUUGGCAACAUUAGAGAGGUUUCUAAAAAAGACCGUACUCUAAUUGGUCUUCAACAAAGACUUCUUUCUCCGAUGUUGAAGGAAAAGGUUAAAGAAAUUUGGGAUGAAGAGUGCGGAAUCAUUUUCAUUAAGAAGUGCUUACGCAAUAAAAAGGUUCUUCUCAUACUCGAUGAUGUGGAUGAUUUAAAACAACUAGAAGUACUGGCUGGAAAUCAAAGUUGGUUUGGUAUGGGAAGUAGAAUUGUGAUUACGACUAGAAAUGAAGGGUUGCUAGUCCAACAUGGUAUAGCAACAUCAUAUAAGAUGCCGGGGUUGAAAUACUGCGAAGCACUUGAGCUCUUUAGUCUGAAUGCCUUUAGGAAAGAACAACCUGAGAAAGACUUUUUGGAACUCUCAAAGCAUUUCCUAAAAUAUGCUAGAGGCCUUCCACUAGUUCUUAAAACAUUAGGGUCUUUUUUGCAUAAGAGAGGUCAGGAUGCAUGGAAGAGUGUGUUGGAUAAUAUUCAUACAGUUCCUAAUUCAACAAUUUUCAAUACACUCAAAAUCAGUUAUGACGGACUAGAGGAUAUGGAGAAGAGAGUUUUUCUCGAUGUUGCAUGUUUCCACAAAGGGAAGUGCAUGGAGCAAGUUAUUCCAAUACUAGACAAUUCUUUUGAAGUUUCUAGUAGUAUUAUGAUCGAUCUACUAAUUGAGAAAUCUCUCUUAACUAUUGAAAAACGCAUCCAAUAUGAUAAUUCAGCCAAGUUCUUCAUAUGGAUGCAUGAUUUGAUACAAGAAAUGGCAUGGACAAUUGUUGGUCAAGAGUCUAAAGAGCCCGGUCUACGGAGUAGGUUGUGGCUUCCUGAUGACAUUUUGCAUAUAUUCACGACCAAUACGGGAACGAGAGCUAUUGAAGGUAUAGGAUUACAGCUACCUGAAAUAGAAAAGGUGCACUGGAGUUGUGAAGCCUUCUCUAAUAUGCAUGGAUUGAGGUUUCUAGAAUUGGACAAUUUGAUCAUUUCUUCAAGUCCCAAGUUUCUUCCAUACUCUUUGAGAAUUAUAAUUUGGAGUUGGUAUCCUUCCAAGUCUCUUCCACCAAGCUUUCACCCUCGUUUCCUUACCGAACUAAGAAUGCAUCAUAGCAAACUUGUUCGUUUAUGGGAUGGAAAAGAGAACUUUCCCAAGUUGAAAUGUAUUGAUCUGAGCUACUCAAAUAAAUUGAUCGGCACCCCAGAUUUCACUGGUCUUCAAAAUCUUGAGAAGUUGAUUCUUUGGUGGUGUAAGAAUUUAGUUGAGAUUCACCCAUCUAUUGCAGUUCUUAAAAAACUUAAAGUUUUGAAUCUUUGUGGCUGUGAAAGUAUUAAGAGCCUCCCAAGUAAGGUAGAAAUGGAUUCUCUUCAGUAUUUAAUUCUUGCCGGAUGCUCCAAAGUGAAAAAGAUCCCAGAAUUUUCGAACCAGCAGAUGAAAAGUUUGUCCUCGCUUUCUUUACGUAGGACUGCGAUUGAGAAAUUACCUUCAUCGAUUGAACAUCUGGUUGGCCUGACUAAACUGAGUUUCGAUACGUGCAGAAAAGAGCCAUUUGUUAAUAUGAAAAAUCUCAAAAAUCUCAAAUUUCUCCGUUUAAGUGGAACUAGAAAGAGUGAUGUUCCUUGUCCAGGUCUGGUGUUGUCUUCUUUAUAUCAUUUGCGUUGUUUGGAGGUGUUAAUACUAUCUUAUUGUGAUCUUGGUGAAGGUGAUAUCUCCGAUGAUAUUGGUUGCUUGUCCUCUUUAAAAAAGUUACAUCUUGGUGGAAACAAUUUUGUUACCCUUCCAGCAAGCAUGAAAUGCCUUUCUCGACUUCAGCAUCUUUACUUGGACGAGUGCCAAAGACUCGAGCAACUGCCAGAUAUUCCGCCAAAUAUGAAAUUAAACGUAUAUUUAAGUGAUUGUACUUCAUUGAAAAGGUUGUCGGAUCCAUCCAAUUUGUCUGAUUUUGCUUUCUGGUCUAUGAAUUGCUUUACAUUGGUGGAAGAUGAAAACUGGAUCAAAACAAUGUAUUCAAGGAUCGUGAAAUACGCAACUGAGGUACUCUCUCUCUCUCUCUCUCUCUCUCUCUCUCUCUCUCAUAUAAUGGUUCUUUUGGUGCAGAAAAUCUAUUGUUCUAAUAAUCAUAUUGUGUGCCCCGGAAAGGGGAUUCCCGAGUGGUUCAACAAUCAAACUUCGGGACAUGCGCUAGAUGUGGAGCUACCUCCACAAUCCUGUAGCAGCUGGAUGGGGAUUGCUUUUUGUGUUGUUUUUGCACAACCUAAGGAGAUUUUGCGUCUUCUUCAAAAACAAAAGGAGAACUGGGGAAAUCCAGCUGCCCUUAACGAGGAUGGAUUCUGGAUUCAGUGUUCACCUCGGACUAACCGUAAACAGAGUACAUGGAGUACAGUUUUCUUUAAAUGGCCUCUUGUGUCUGAACACCUUUGGAUAUUCUGUUUGCCUCGCAAAGAAUGUCUUCAAGGACAGUUUCUAUUUAAAACUUAUUAUACACUCGGAAUGAACAAACGCAAAGUAGGCUUGAAUGUGGUGAAGAAGUGCGGGGCUCGUUUAGUGUACGAGCAAGAUUUGAAAGAACUCAAACGAACACUGAAAAUCUUGAAGUGAACAUAUGAAUAUUGUAAAGAGGCAGCUUCAAGCCAAAGUCGUAGUUUUGACGACAAAGAACAUACCCGCAGAAGGCACAAGGAAGACAAAUAAUUGUUUCAUGCUCAAUGUCUCAUAGUUUACUCAGAAUCCAUGUUAGUAAAUUUGAGUAUUACUUUUUUAUUCUUGAGCUAUAGAAUUUUAACUA